CGCUUUCGGAGCCGGCAGAAGUAACCCGCUUGAUCGCAGUUGGUCGGGAAAGAUAGGCGGCCUCACCCUUUCAAAAACGCUGGAGAGGGUGCACAAGUGUUGAGAUCUUCAAGGUCAGUUACAAAGGCAAAUGCGGGUGGUAGGAUCGCCCGACCUCUUGAUGACUUGCAUGAUCGGUCACGACCCACUGGCGUGCAUGAGAGACCCGAGCUCAGAGCUAGGGUUGGACUCUUGCCCGUUAGGGAGCCCGUAGAGCAUGCACCUAGUCAAACCCCGGUCAAAGUUGCACGAGAGUUUGAUCCGACACUGGAUCAUUCAGACAAAAUCUUAGAGCUCUCUUACGAUGGGUCGACAGAAUCGGAUAGUGAUGGGGACCCAGACUCCGAUAUGAUGCGACAUGUUAGCGUGCAACGUUUGCGUCCUACUUGCACAGUAGGAGAGCUGAGAUUGGCGGAGCAUCUGAUUGGCCAUGAUUGUAUCCUUGCACUUCCGGGGCGCCUUGACAACCUCACCAAUCCUUCUUCGAGCUUGUUCUUCCGUGCUCACAUUGCGUCUAUAGAGCAGGGCGUGCAGUUGCCCCUGUGCCCCUUCCUGGUAAUGCUCCUCAGGCAUCUUAGGAUAACCACGAAUCAGAUGACACUAGCUGCCCACAUGUUCACCACCGCUCUUGUAGCCCGGUGUGAGAAGGUGUCAAUUCGACCUUCCAUCGCCUUGUUUUGUUACUGCUUUCGCUGGAAUCAUCCCAGUCGUAACCCGAAUGAUUGUGGGUUUGUAUCGUUCUACCAACCACCGCAACAACGUAAGUUGUUUCAGCAGCACUCUGACAACACCAGGAGGUGGUAGAGUAAUUGGGUGUGGGUGUCAGCUCCCAUCAAGUCUCCUGUUAGAUUUACUUGGGGUACUUCAUUGCGCAAAUACCAACCUGUUUCCUUCACUCCCGAUCUUGAGGAGGAGAUCAAUACUUUGUUUCAGGGAAGCCCUAUCCCGAUCACUUCGUAUAUGGGUAUGUCUCGCACACAAAAAGGUCACAUUUUUUGUACCUAGUAUGAUUUCUCACCUUGUCUAUUUUCUUGUAGACGUGGCAACUAGGAAAGGUGCGUUUGCUACCCCUACUGAGGCGUUGGAUGCUAAGCCCCGACCAUCGAUGUCUGAUGCAGGUCAGAUUAAUGCAGUUGAGGAGUGCAAAGCUCCUCUGGCUGUUGCUAAGGAAAGGCACGCAUCUUCCCCACCUCGUGAGGGACAACUUGUCAACAAAGGCAAAGGUGUAAACUGCUCCUUAGAUUGGGUAAGAGGAGAUAAUCCAUCCAGUAAAGUCCUUGCUCAUUUUGUUUCUCUCCUUGUAGGUAGAACUAGUCGGAGAAGUGAACUUGCGGCCCUUGUCGACGCGGAGGAUGCUAAGUCCCGAUAUUCGAGGUCUGGCGCAAGUCUGUUUGAUGUCCGAGGAAAGCGCGGAGCUUCCCCACUUCGUGAAGAUCCUAUUGCUAACAAGAGAAGAGGCGUGGAACUAACCAUAAGGCCACGUAGGGAUAAAGAAAUUGGCAAGCAUGAGCCUAGCUCGCCUCGCGCUCCUCUCAUUAGUCACCCGGGCACUGUGCCGCUUUCGGAGCCGGCAGAAGUAGCAGGGAUUGCCCCAUUCUUGAUGUCUUCUGAUGACAAGGAAUACCUAUCAUCUGCUGGUUUAUCAUCUUUGGUGGGUCGUUCCAUUCGGAACCAUACUGAGGGUUUGAUGAGAUUGAUUACUGUGUUUCGCGCCAAGGACAACGAGUACAAGGAACUCCAGCAGCAAGUUAGUGAUGUCCGACGCCAGAUGGUCCAGGCUCGGAAGCGGGCGGACUGAGCAGAGGUUGUCCUGAAGAUGCAUAUAUGAGGCUCUCCAUGAAGAAAAUGAGAGAGCUUUGUCCGAGCUAGGGGUGUAAACGAGCCGAGCGGAGCCCGAACAUGGGUAUGCUUGAGUUUGAGCUUGAUAAGAAUUCACGAGCUCGAGCUCGAUCUCGAGCUUGGACGAGUUCAAUAAUUC